AUGCCAUCGUCGCGGGACUCUACGGCGUCCAAUGAUGGCGAUGCCUUCAUCCACUCCUCCAGUCGACCUGGACAGAACCCACCGUUGGUGAUAGUGUCGGAGCGUGGUCGACAUUCGCAGGAGAGCAGGCGGAUUGUGAGGGCUCAGGCCGCUCGUGCAAGCGCUGCCCAGAGCAGGGAAACGAGAGCCCGCAACCGAGGCGGCCGCCUUCGCGACUCUCCAACUUCGCCUAGCGAAGGCAGCACUCCCCGACAACCCGGCAUCGCCAGGCAUGUUCAACCUCAGCUUCAGCCUCAACCUCAACCUCAGCGUACACCUCAGGCGCAAUUCCAGGCUCACUCACAGCCACAACCACCACCACCACCACCACAACCACAACCACAGCAUCCACCGCAGCCUCCCCCGUUAUCUCGAGCGCAGAGCCAUCAGCAUGUCGAUCAGCAUCAGCAACGAGAUUCAGAGCAGCAAUCCUUCCACAACGGAAUGCAGUCCUCCACCGAAGAGGACGGUGCAGUAGGCACGCUGAAACCCCUCGUCCAUUGGAUUACCCAUGUGCUCAAGUUCACGGCCGCUUCUCUGUCUGCUGCCGCCGCUGCACUGGUGCCUGGCGACGAGAGGUUUGGGUCUCUCACACGCAAUGGAGAUGGAUCGGCCUUGGAGGAGAUUACCAUCCCUGGCGGGCUUUUCAGUAGCAAGCACCUUCCGAUAGCCUUGCCUAGAGGCUUUGCUGCGCUGMAAACCCGCAUUUCGAUAAGCAGCCAAUCCCUACACUUACUGAGCCGCAGCGCUUGCUUUGAUUACCACAGUCCAGGCGUAAGACACCGCUUGAACAAGCUGCUGUUCGAUAUUGUGAUGACCACCGUCACAUCCAAUACCUCUCUCCUAGCAGACUCCCAACCUACGCAUCCCAUCGAGGAGUCCUUGCGAAUCGCCAGUGCCUGUCUCGCCAUUCAGAGCUGCCAGAAGACAGAGGGCUGCGAAUUCGCGCACGGAUCGAUGUACAACUCUGGCUUUGAGGCUGCCUGKCAGGAAGCUGUGGAGAUGGAUCAGGAGGCGCUGAAGGAUUCCAACUCAGCAGAGGCUGCACUGUGGGCAGUCUUCAUCAUCUCGGUCACUUGUGGCUCUGCGGCCUUCUUCAGCCAGCUGAUCCUCGGCUUGCUGAGUGACUUACGUCUGGCGAGCUGGGCAGACGUACGGAAAGUGCUCAUCAACUUCAAUUAUCCAGUUACAAUGAUGGAUCAUUCUUGCAAGGAGUUCUACCAUCGAUUGCUUUCCGGUGGGGUAGCGGAAGGAGCUUGA